AUGUCCAGGCCACAAACAUCUCAUUUCCUACCCCUCCCUCCGCUUUCCAUCCGUACUCCCGCACCAUCCUACCGUAAACCUACCCUGAUAACCACCUACUCACAUCAACCAGACCGAACGAUAACUCACGAUGAUUCGUCAAUGGCAUAUUACCGAGCUGCUCCUAUAGGCUCGGAUCUCAGUUAUGGGUUUGAUAGGAGAGUAGAAAGGGAUGAGAGUGUCGAUGAGCAUCUGGAUGGGCUUUGUGAUGCUUUGAGAGAAGUACAGGGGAAGGGGGAGAGGAAGGGUGGGAUAAUCACUUGGAGAGGAAUGAUAACUAGGAUAAUGACUGCUCCGUAUGAAGAUAGAGAAGGAUGGGAGAUGACUGCCAUAGCGUUAGAUGGGUCUGUAUAUGUCGAAUUGCAUGAUCCACCAGAAGUAAGAGCGAAGAGACGAACUCAACAAGCACCAUAUGCCAAACAGAGCUAUAUGGGAUACUCUUUCGAAUCGUUCUCAACUGUAUCCGCUGCUCAAGAGCAAAGAGAGGAUUGGCUAGAAGGAUGGGGUGGAGAUGUCAAUACAAAUGUUCAGGUAGUGGUGCAAGUCAGUAAUAUCACAUUCGAUACCUUGAUUGAUGACGGACGACUGAUCAACAUAAAUAGUGUAGUUCGCUCAGCAAUAGGUGAUAUACCAUUAUGUCUAGGCGGGGAAGUAGAUUGCGUAAAAGCUGAACCUGGAUCACCUCAUCCUGGACUUGAGAGAUGCGUAGAACUGAAGACGAAUAAAAUAAUAGAGAACGAAAAGCAGGAGUUUACCUUUCACAAGAAGCUACUGAAACAUUGGGCUCAAAGUUGGCUACUGGGUAUACCAGAAAUCCAAGUUGGUUUCCGUGAUGAUUCAGGUGUAUUACGUUUACAAAGGGGAUUUGAGACUGAGAAGAUACCCAGGUUUAUCGCCUCAAUCCCAUCACCUCGCCCGCCAUGGACACCUCAACCAUGUCUUCACUUUCUCCAUGCUGUCCUCCAACUAGUCCUUACUCAUGCACUCCCCACUGACCCACUUGUACGAUAUCCUCCAGGAAGCAUACAUCCUGAAGAGCCUUUGCCUGCUGCUACAGUAUGGAGAUUCUCUUUCAUCCCUAGAAGAGGAUGUGAGAUGUACAAGGUUGGUGAAGCAGGUGUGGACGAGGACGGAAGGUGGGGUGGGAUGUUGAAAGAGGAUUAUGUGAGAUGGAGAAUGGGUUGA